CGCAGGGUAAAGAGUCUGGGGCGGACCCUGGGAGAGUCAGAAGUACAUCCGGUGUUACAAGAGCUGUGUGGGCUCUUCACAGGUGGAGCUGAGGCUGUGUCCCACAGACUCUGGCAUCAUGAACAUAUUUGAUCGGAAGAUCAACUUUGAUGCUCUUUUAAAAUUUUCCCACAUAACCCCGUCGACACAGCAGCAUCUGAAGAAGGUGUAUGCCAGUUUUGCCCUCUGUAUGUUUGUGGCGGCUGCGGGGUCCUAUGUCCAUGUGGUCACUCGUUUCAUUCAGGCUGGCCUGCUCUCUGCCUUGGGCUCCCUGGGGUUGAUGAUUUGGCUGAUGGCAACACCUCAUAGCCAUGAAACUGAGCAAAAAAGACUGGGACUUCUUGCUGGGUUUGCUUUCCUUACAGGAGUUGGCCUGGGUCCUGCUCUGGAGUUGUGCAUUGCCAUCAACCCCAGCAUCCUUCCCACUGCCUUCAUGGGCACAGCGAUGAUCUUCACCUGCUUUACCCUGAGUGCACUCUAUGCCAGGCGCCGUAGCUACCUCUUUCUGGGAGGUAUCUUGAUGUCAGCCAUGAGCCUGAUGCUCUUGUCUUCCCUGGGGAACCUUUUCUUCGGAUCUAUUUGGCUUUUCCAGGCAAACCUGUAUGUGGGGCUGGUGGUCAUGUGUGGCUUUGUCCUUUUUGAUACUCAACUCAUUAUUGAAAAAGCUGAAAAUGGAGAUAAGGAUUAUAUCUGGCACUGCGUUGACCUCUUCUUAGAUUUUGUUACUCUCUUCAGAAAACUCAUGAUGAUCCUGGCUAUGAAUGAGAAGGAUAAGAAGAAAGAGAAGAAGUGAAAUGACCAUCCAGCCUUUCCCAUUUGGCUUCCUCUCCCUUCACCCGUCAUUUCCUCUUUGCACACAUUACAGGUGGUGUGUUCUGUGAUAAUGAAAAGCAUCAGAAAAGCUUUUGUACUUUGUGGUUUUCUCUAUUUUGAAUUUUUUGAUCAAAAAAUUGAUUAGCAGAAUAUAGUUUGGAGUUUGGCUUCAUAUUCCUGGGGUUCUUCCCCGCUCCCUUCUCUGUCAACCCCACCUCUAGCGCCUUCCUCUGCUCAGGCUGCCAGGCCACUGUGAUAGAGAGUGGGACCUGCAGAUGGAGCAAACUCCAGGAGUCCACUUUCCGACCGAGCUUCACCAAGUGGACUGGAACUGUUGGGUAGAGCCACCUCGGCCCUUCCUUCCUCAGCAUUUUUCCUCAGCUUUGUUUGAUUUGUGCACAGUUCUGUGGGACUGGGCUGUGUGUUUUCCAUUGUAAAGAAGUUUGCCGGUCCCAUUGUUACUUGGGUUCAUUAUAUCUAAGCUUCUGUCAACCUCUACAAAGAAAAUGAAGAGCCUCUUCUGGUGGAUGCUUUGCUUCCUCUGAGCUGCCCAAGUCCUCCUGGUCUGGCAAACACCUUUCUGCCUUGCCAUCACAGAAGGAAUGUGGAUUUGUAUGUAUUCCUUUUCCCGUCCCUUGUCUGACCCUCAGGGAAUCUGCCUGCUUUCCGUCCAUGGGAUGGGAGAAUUUCAGCACAAAGGGAAGACUAAUUCUUGUCAGGCAUUUAUAAAAAGGCUAAUUAUGUGUGGCAAGAUAGAGCAUGGAUUUCACACACUUCCCCUGGUCUUUAUUUAUUUAUUUUUAUUGGUCAUCACCUUAGUUACAAGUGGCUUUUAUUAGGCAGCUGUGAUUAAAGGUCCCAGGAGAGGAAAGAUAGGGAAGGGGAAUGGUUGAGCCUUUGGGGAUCACUGUAAUUAAUACUGCCAGACAAACCGAGAUAAGGACCUGUUUGGGACAGGGGGACACAAAAUCUCCACUGAAUGGAUCUUGGUUCAGAUCAACAGAAUUGUGAUGUGGGCUGUGAUGACUUGGGAGGCAGCAUUCAUAACAGUCCUUCAGUGCAUUUUUGUCUCAUCCCACCUGGGCAUAAAUAGUGUCAGGCCAGAGAUUUGGGGCAGUAGGUAAAUGUUCACUUUGCAGAUGUACUUUAGUUUUUGGUCUUUUCACCUGGCCGCCUUCUAGGCUGGGCCAGGUGACCAAACCUGGAAGACAUCUGAUUUCCCUGCAGCUUUGUGGUUGCAAGUGUGGGAGGGCAGUACUAAUGGGAAUCACCAGCUCCUUUCCUGUGGGCUGCCACAGUCAGCUGUGGCGAGCAGCCUUUGGAGCAGUUGUGGCUCUGGCUACUCAGGGCUUCAGUGUAAGGGGGACUGAGCCAUCAAAAACUCAUUGCCAGUAGGACACCAUUUUUGGGUCUCCCUGUUUACUACCAGUUUGGCCCAGUGGCUACUGGUUCACAGUGUGCCACAUCACUGUGCCAUCCCAUGAAAUAGUUUGUUCCCAGGCUGUGUGGAUUCCUGGAGUGGCUUGCUGCCCAGAAUGGCUUGCUUCUACCAAGGAUGCUGCCCUCUGAUUUAGCUGCUGCGUCCAUCCUCUGGCUUGAGAACUUACUAAAGGGGCUUCCUUCCCAUUAAACCCCCAGUAGCAACUGUCCAUAAAUUUGUUGAUUCUCUGCUAGGCCUGAGAAUCUGAAUUAACAUCUCUUGAAGCCAAACUUCACCUCUUGUGCUUUUUUGCUUGGGAUAAAGGAGUUUUUCUUUAGAAACAGUGCCAAGAAUGACAAGAUAUAAAAAACUAAUUUUAAAGAAAAUGACUAACAGAUUUUUAAUACAGUAAUCACUGUAAUUAUCACUUUCUUUUCUAGUUCCUUGGUUUUCAGCUCAGGCUGCAUUCUCUAACUCAUACUGUGAAGACAAAGGUGUUUUUGAUUCAGAAAUAUAUGAAGUCUACAUAGUCUUAAUUUGUAAAAAAUAAAGAAAAUUCCUUAACCUUU